UGUUGAGAUGGCGACCACAGGGAGCUCCUCGACCGACAGGAUUUACUCCAAACUGAUAGAUGAGGGCAGUUAUGACCAGUCUAACCACAGGACAGAUGUGCAGCACAUCAAUUACCCAGUGUCCCCAGUCAGAAACCCAUGGCUGAGUGGCCCUGGUCCCUACCGCUUUGCUACCAUCUGCCUGGCUGCACUCUCUGCUAUCCUCCUCAUCUCCAUCAUAGCUGUCACUGCCCGCAAUAAAAACAAAUCUGCGAGUGGUGUGGAAGCAACUGCAGAGAUGCAGAGGCAGAAUGCAAAUAUCUCGGCCGUGAUGCAAAAGCUACAGAGUGAGAAUAAACAACAGCAGAAAGAGAGAGAUGAACUUCAGAAAGAGAGAGAUGCACUUCAGAAAGAGAGAGAUGCACUUCAGAAAGAGAGAGAUGCACUUCAGAAAGAGAAGGACGAACUACAGGCCAAACUUGACUCCAUAUUGACAACCAAAGCCAUUACACCCACACCAAGAUCAACUGCAGUCCCAAUCGUCUGCCCUACAAACUGGCAUCUCUUCGAAAACAGCUGUUACCUCAUUACCGCACAGAACAGGCAAAGUUGGAGUGGGAGCAACAGAUACUGCCAGACCCAAGGAGCUCACCUGGCCAUUAUCCUCACAGCUGAGGAGCAGACCUUUCUGUGGAAUCUGCUUCCCAGAGGCCACUGGAACUCCUUCUGGUUUGGAAUAACUGACGGAGAAACAGAGGAUGAGUGGAAAUGGGUCGACGGUACUCCGGUAGAAGGAGGUUUCUGGGAGGAAAAUGAGCCCAAUAACCACAUCAAUGAGGACUGUGGUUACAUUGUGAAGACACAGGUGUUGGAACGUGUGGCGACAAAGAGCUGGUAUGAUGCCCCCUGCAACAUGCCUUUGCCCUUCAUUUGUGAGAAGGAGAUGCGCAGCACCUCACAAUAGUGACACUUCACCAGGACUGGUCGAAAAGCAACACUUUAAGCCAGCUGAUUGUUUGUGCUUGAAAAAAAAGUCGUCCAUCAUAGAUGCUCAGAAACUGGACGUUUCACAUAUUGGUUUGUAUGUGUACUUUAAUUAUCUCUGACAUAAAGGUCACUGUCCACACUGCAAAAAAUGCAAAUAUAAAUAAGUCAUUUUUCUUAAAAUAAGUGCAUUUUUUCUUGAACU